AUGUCUGCUAAGAAGAUUGUUAUCUUUGGAGUCACCGGCGUGCAAGGCUCGUCCGUUGCGCGCGCGCUUCUCACCGACACGCACACCAAGUUCAAGGUCUGGGGAGUCACACGCAACCCCGCCUCGAGGUCCAGCCAGGAACUGGACAAGCUGGGCGUACAGCUCGUCAAGGGCGACCUGGAGGACGCGCAGUCGUACGCCGAUGCCCUCAAGGACGCGGACGGAGUUUUCCUCAAUGUCAACUUCUGGGCCGCGUACAAAGGUAACAACGCGGAGGAGGCACGCGACACUGAGAUCGCCCAGUCCAAGGCUGCUGUGGACGCAUGCAAAGCUGCUGGCGUCAAGCUGAUUGUGCACUCGGCGCUGGAAAGCUAUGCUCCGACGCUCCCCAUUCCACACUUUGACGCCAAGGCUGAGGUCACCAAGUACAUCAAGGAGCAGGGAGUGCCAGCCACGUUCCUCUACACUUCGUACUACUUCACCAAUCUCAACAGCGCAAAGCUUGAGGAGAAGGGCGACGAGACCGUCCUCCAGCUUCCCCUCCCCGAUGAUACCCAGAUUCCCGGCUUCAACCCCAAUCAGAUUGGAUGGUUCGCGCGCGUCGCAUUCGCGAACCCAGAAGAGUGGACUGGCAAGGACAUGUACGCUUGUGGCGAGAAUGUGCGUGUGUCCAAGAUCGCUCGCGUGCUCUCCGAGCUCUCGGGGCGCAAGUACCGCACUAUGGGCGUGUCCAAGGACGACUUCCUGGCUCUGGAGGGCAAGAUGGACAAGGAACUGUGGCUCAACUACCGCGCCUUCGUCGACGGACACAUGAAGCGCGAUCCCGCGAAGAGCCUCAAGAUCGUUCCGGAGACGCAGGACUUCAUGGCGUGGGCGAGCACGGACAAGGCGGCAAUCGAGAAGUUUGGACUCUCGACGGAGUAUUCGAAGAACCAGGCAUAG